AUGAAGUUCUCAUCCUCGUCCAUUGUCCUGUCUCUUCUGGUCAGCUUGACCCUCCUCCAAUCCACCUUCUCCGUCCCCGUCGUCGAGCCAUCCGCCUCCUCGCUUGAGGCUCGCGCCGUCGAACCUGUCGACGCCCUCGCCGUCGAACCUGUCGACGCCCUCGCCGGUUCCGCCGAUCCCGCCGACUCCGCCGAUUCCGCUGAUUCCGCCGAUUCCGCUGAUUCCGCCGAUUCCGCCGAUCCCGCCGAUUACCCCUACCCCAGGCGGCCCCCACAUUACCCCUACCCCAGGCCCCCACACUGGCCCCCAUACUACCCCCACCCCAGGCCCCCACACUGGCCCCCACGCUACCCCCCACGCUACCCCCACCCCAGGCCCCCACACUGGCCCCCACACUGGCCCCCACACGGCCCAUACGGAAAGGGGUCUGAUCCCUUGAAGCCUCGCGCUCUUGAGGACGAUGCCGAGGAGAAGUACUUGGCUGCUGCUCCUGAACAAACCGGGCCCCCCCACGGCAAUCCACCCUACGGCAGACCCCCCUACCGCAGACCCCCCCACCGCAGACCUCCCCACCGCAGACCUCCCCACCGCAGACCUCCCCACCGCAGACCUCCCCACCGCAGACCCCCCCACCGCAGGCCCCCACAUGGCAGGCCUUAG